GGCCACGCCUCCGUGACGUCAGGCCGCGGUGUCCGCCGGUCAGACCGGGACUUGCUAGCAAAAAGAUGGCGGCCACAGCGCCCGUGGGUCCCGGGACACAACUCCCGCCGCACCGUUCGUCCCCGGCUCGGAUUGGUUAUUACGAAUUAGACAGGACCAUUGGCAAGGGCAACUUCGCCGUGGUGAAACUGGCCACGCACAUCGUUACACGGGCAAAGGUUGCUAUAAAAAUAAUUGACAAGACCAAGCUAGAUGGGGAAAAUCUGAAAAAAAUAUUCCGUGAGGUGCAGAUUAUGAAAAUGCUUUGCCACCCCCACAUUAUUCGGCUGUAUCAGGUGAUGGAGACUGAAAGGAUGAUCUAUCUUGUGACAGAAUAUGCCAGCGGAGGGGAGAUAUUUGAUCACCUGGUGGCCCAUGGGCGCAUGGCCGAGAAAGAAGCGCGCAAGAAGUUUAAGCAAAUUAUUGCCGCAGUUCAUUUUUGUCACUGCAGGAACAUUGUGCACCGAGAUCUGAAGGCUGAGAAUUUGCUGCUUGAUGCAAAUCUUAACAUCAAGAUUGCAGAUUUUGGGUUUAGUAAUCGUUUUACUCCAGGACAGUUGUUAAAGACUUGGUGUGGAAGUCCCCCAUAUGCAGCGCCAGAACUGUUUGAAGGAAAGGAGUAUGAAGGACCCAAGGUGGAUAUCUGGAGCUUGGGAGUGGUCCUGUAUGUCCUGGUCUGUGGUGCGCUCCCUUUUGAUGGAAGCACAUUACAAAAUCUACGAGCCAGAGUCUUGAGUGGAAAAUUUCGGAUCCCCUUCUUUAUGUCCACAGAAUGUGAACACCUUAUCCGACACAUGCUGAUUUUGGAGCCGAGUCGGCGACUGACGAUGGAGCAAAUCUGUAAACAUAAGUGGAUGUGUCUGGGAGAGCAGGAUCUAGAUUUUGAGAGGUUAAUAGCAGAAUGCCAGCAUGUGAAGAUGGAGAGGCAGAGGGAGCCUAUCAAUGAGCAAAUUCUAAUUACUAUGGUGGAAAUGGGGUUAGACAAAGACCGCACUUUACAGUCCUUGAGGACCGAUGCAUAUGAUAACUACAGUGCUAUUUACAGUUUGCUGUGCGAACGUUUAAAAAGACAUAAAACACUUCGCCUCCCAAAUCCACCAACUGCGCCUCGCCCUGUGUCCUACCCUGCUUCACCAUUGCAGGGUGAUACAGGUGGCAGUGCCAUCAGUAUGAAUGUGCCCCAAGUCCAACUCAUCAACCCUGAAAACCAGAUUGUGGAGACAAAUGGCACCAUGAAUCUGGACAGUGAUGAAGGAGAAGAGCCUUCACCAGAGGCAUUGGUUCGAUAUCUGUCAAUGAGGCGGCACACAGUUGGCGUGCCAGAUACACACAGUGAGGGGGGAGCAGAGGAGCUGCAGAAGAUCAUUCCUGGAUUCCCACGAGUCACUCCACAGACACCAUUCCUUCCAGUGACACAGAACACCAAUACUCUUCAUCCGAUGCAGAACAUGCCUCCCAGUGGUCACAUUGAAUACAAGGAACAGUCCCUGUUGCAGCCUCCAACCCUUCAACUUCUGAACGGCAUGGGGCCUCUUGGGCGUAGAGCAUCUGAUGGAGGGGCGAACAUCCAGUUACAUGCGCAGCAACUCCUGAAGAGGCCACGUGGACCAUCCCCACUUGUCACAAUGACAACUGCAGUACCUGCGGUUACCCCAGUGGAUGAAGAGAGCUCAGAUGGAGAGCCUGACCAGGAAGCUGUGCAAAGGUAUCUUGCCAAUCGCACCAAGAGACAUACGUUGGCCAUGACUUGUCCUACAGCUGAGAUUCCUCCAGACCUACAGCGUCAACUGGGGCAGCAGCAGUCUUUUAGAAAUAGAGUUUGGCCCCCUCACCUUGCUCCUGACCAGCACCGUUCCAUGUAUAAAGACUCGAACACACUUCACCUUCCUGCCGAACGAUUCUCCCCAGUACGAAGGUUCUCUGAUGGAGCCGCCACAAUCCAGGCCUUUAAAGCUCACUUGGAAAGGACAGGACACCAUAACAGCAGCAUCAAACAGCUGCAGCAGGAGUGUGAGCAGCUUCAGAAGAUGUAUGGUAUAACCAUGGAUGAGAGAGCUCUGGAACACACUCAGCAACAGCAUUUCAUUUAUCUGCAAGAGCAUCAGCAUCAUUACCUGCAGCAACAAAUCCAGGACUGUAUCCGUUCUGCACAGCCAUCACCACCUCUUCAGUCAGCAACCAUAGUAACAGCCGGAGAGAAUCAGCCAGCCCUGCUUACCCACCAGCUUCAGCGACUGCGAAUUCAGCCUUCUAGUCCUCCUCCAAACCCAGCCAGCAACCACCUCUACAGACAGCCAGACAAUAGUCCUCCGCCAUCUUCCAGUGCCAUGCUCCAGACACAUGGAGCCCAACCUUCCACUCAGUAUCAGGGGAUGCCUUCUCACAGUGCUCUUUACCAGCCCUCUAGCAGUAGCUCUCCUCCACCUAGCAUUACACUGCCUCGCAUGAGCAUUCAGCAGCAGCAGAACCAGCAGCAAUCUCCACAACAAGUCACCAUCCAGGUGCAAGAGCCAUCAGACAUGACUGGAGCUUCGCGAGCAAUCCCAGUGAAUCCUUGUGCCAACCAAAUACAGAUGCAGCGAGCAUCGAUUAUGGCUUCUUUGGGCAGCUACACCCACAGACCAUUAUCUAAACAGCUGAGUGCUGACAGUGCUGAGGUGCACAGUCUGAAUGUGGGUCGUUUCUCUCCUUCAACAAACUAUGACCAGACUCACUUGCACCCCCAUGUGUUUUCUGAUCAGCAACGGGCUCCCCCCACAAGCUACACUACACAAGGAAGCGCGGGGUACACCCCAUCUGGUAGCACUGGUUAUCAGGUUUUGAAAGUUCCUCAGCUAGAACAGUAUCCUUCAUUCCCACAAACCCCCCAACAGAACUACACUGCAUCUGCUCUUCAGCAGGCCUUGCUCUCACCCACACCUAGCACAUAUACGAGGCACCACCAGCAACUUCCGCACAUGCUUCAGGGUCUGUUGUCCCCACGACACUCUCUGACCGGCCAUGCAGAUUCACGCCUGCCUCCUGCUGACUUUAUGCAGCUUAUUAAACAGCACCAGCAACAGCAACAGGAGUUGAAUGAACUGUUCAACCAUCACCUGAGUCAAGGAGACGCAGGCAACCUUUCCUUCCAGAGUCCCCCUGAAACUUAUCACAAUCUUCUUCAGAUUCGAGCACAAGAAUGUAUGCAUCAAGCAACGCCUACUCCUCCACCGCCCAGAUUCCACCCAUCUUUACUACAUUCAGAGAGCAUGGAGGAGGACUGUACUGGAGAAGGACAUAGGAUGGGUGAAGGGGAGACAGUCAGAGGAAUAAGCAAGCCCCAUCAAGAGACUGGGCAUGGGGAUUCAGAAACUCUUCUAGGGACACUGACGCUCCGAGAGCAUGAGCUGGGGACACAACAGUAUCAGCCACAUAAUUCGUACAGUGGGACCAAGAUGACCAGCAGAGAACCAGGAGCUGUGGUGAACUGCAUGGAAAAAGUUUCUACUCCUAAUGCCAUGGACGUUCCAGACCAUAAUGGUGUCCCUUACUCUCCCAGGUCAUCAGUUAGUGAGCAUGCCCGUUCCAGGAUGUUGCAGCGACACCACACCAUCCAAACUAGUGAUGAUGCCUAUGUGCAGCUGGACAAUUUGGCUGGUAUGAGUUUAAUGGCGGGCAAGGCUCUAAGCUCUGCACGCAUGGCAGAUGCAGUUUUGAGCCAAUCUUCACUUAUGGGAAGUCAGCAGCUCCAGGAUGGCGAGGAGAGUGAAGACUGUGAGAGAACUCCAGAGGAUACAGAUUUAUCCGUUAUUGGAGACAAUGGGCAACAUCUCUCCACUUCUUGCUACCCCACAACCAUGCUGCUGGGGUACAAGCACACCGAUAUGAACUUCAGUAUGGAGCAAGCCGGCGUGUGAGGUUUUCUGUCGAAAAAUGGAGGUUCCCAUCUUUCUGAACAGCAACAGUAUCUGCAGCUUUAGCGCCAAAUUUCAUUUGUAUUCUUUCCCUGAACUGACUCGCCGUACCCCACCCCAUCACAGACGGAUUCUGGGAUAGCCCCCCCAUCAUUUAAUUUGUUUUAUGUUAUGUACUUGUUUAACCCUUCCUCCAUUCAAGAGGAUUGGGGCUUCAAAAAUAAAAAGCAGGGAUUAGUUGUGGGGUGGGGGGGGGGGGACACCCACUUGUUUAUUGGAGAUUAAUCUGUGAACUUGCCACCCUUGCAGGCAUUGGCAGAAAAGGAGGAGGUGUUUUAUUCAAAAGGCGCUUUGGGGAAAGGAAGAUUUGUUGGGGUGGGAAAAAUUUGGUUGCUGAAACAUAAACACCAGCACAGAAUUCUAUAUAAAUGUCUGGCACCUAUUGUGGCAAGAGAGACUGCAGCCUCACUAUGGAAGCAGCUGGUUCCCAAGCAGGGACAUGCGACACACUGUAGCCUGUGGGUAACCAGUAUAAGAGACUGGUGUCCAAGGGUGGUAUGGCAGGAGUGACUAGUGCCUAGGGUGGAGUUCUUUUUAGAAUAUAAAGGUAGGUAUUCCACAAUCUACACUAGCUUUUUUUUUUUUUUUUUAUAUGUUCUCUGUCCAUGUUUUUAGGUUGACAAAUAUCUACUGGGUCUGGAAUCUUAUCAAGCUCAGUAUAUCAGAAAUUGCACUAUUUUAUUUUAACCAGUAUAGCUAAGAGCAUUUAGUUUUCUGUAUCCUUCCUAAGGUGAAAAAAAAGCCAAAGAAAAGAAAAAAGGCCUAUCCCUUCACUGUGGGUAGGAUGUAUGUGCCAUUUUAUUUUGCAAUGUACUAUUUUUAUAGCUUUAUUGUGUAGAAAGCAGAUUCCUUUCCAGCAAUGUAAGAUUUCAUUCCUUAUAGCCUGUAUUCUUCCGUUCAUGGCCAAUUUCCAGAGGAUUGUAUCUUUAAUGUCAAAGCAUAUGUGUAUAAAGAGAAGAUUAUAUGAUUUAAAGAAAUUAAAGCAGAACUUCAAAGAAAUAGGAAAGCUCAUUUUAGCCCAGUUAUGUAUUCAAAAACAUGAAAUGCAAGCUGCUAUAACAAUACAAAAUAUGUUUCUAUUGAAUUCACCUGAUCACUCUGGUGAAGAGACUGAGAGCAUGUUUUAGAUACUUAAGCUGGCCAUAGAUGGGUGGAUCUUUAAACGAAAAUUCUUGAAAAAAUAAAGUUCUAAGGCCUUUGUUAAUUUUAAUCUAUAGUCAAAUCAAUGUUCGUUUUCGACCACAGUGACAAGAAAAUUUGAGGGAGCAGGAUGGAAAAUUAUUCUCGAACAAACAAAUUUCUAACAGUGUAUGUGGUUUUCGUUUGGUAAAGUCCAUUCAUUUCAAAAUCAUAUGUUUAAAGCAAACAAAAUGUUUUGAACGACAUUCGAAUGUUGUGAGAAUUUUCAUAAAAAUUUUCCUAAGACUAUAAAACUGCGUAUUUUUAAUAAUGCUGACUUUUGAUUGGGAAUUGGGCAAGGAUAGCUGAAUUACAGCGUUUGACAUGUACAGCUCACUUAUCUAAUUCAGCUUGUACAUUUCACAGUUUGGUUGAAGUUCUGCUUUAAUAUCUGAUACUGGAAGCAGCUUCCGAUUGGGAUAGUAAUCUAUCUGCCAAUACAAAAAGCACUGGCACACAUGCAUUGUGUAUGUGUAUAGGAAGGAUUAAAUACAAAAAGUCUCUGACAAGCUAAUGAAGAUAUUAUCUCAAAAACACUAUAUCAGUGCUUGAAGUCAGAGUGAGGUCCUUACUAGUUUGAUCUAGUAGCAGUUAGUGAUUUUACUCCAUACUUUUAAGUACUAUAUCUUGGCACCGUUUUGCACACGAUAAAGCUGCUGUCUUUGAAAGAUGUAUGUUGUAGUGACAAUGAUGAGAUGUGCCGUGCCCAACUGUCAGCUCUUCUUUGUAGUUUUUAUCAUUUUUGCAUAGUUUUUUGAGUAUUGUAUCUGUUGCUGUAAUUAUGGCUGUGCUGACAUUUAGCAUAAUCAAACGCCCAAGGUGUCCAACUCCUCCUGCCUAUCCACCCUGAGAGACACAGAUCCCACACAGUGCCUGUGAGGCCCUUGGGAGAUUAGGCCUGGUGCAAUAUGCUACUUAUUUUACAUAUGAUUAUUUUUAUUAUUUUUUUUUGUGUUUUGUCUGUCAUACAUCAUGGUCAGAAUUAACCUACAGUAUGCCAGGAGAACGCCCUCUCCAUCUGGCAGCGAGUGGGUUAAAGCGAGAUCUUAGUGUUCCACGUGGAGUGUGUGUAGGGACUGUGUACAUUUGUAUGUAUGUGUAAAUAUGUCUUUGUAUGGAUGUAUAUAUAUUGAGCAUGAGUCGGUCUGUAUAAAGACAUUUGCUCCUAGAGAAUGAAAAUUUGUUACUGGUGAGCAGUUUUUUUUAAAACCUCUUAUAUAAUGCCAGUUUGGUUAUGCUUUCAUUUAUCUCCAUCACCGCCUAAUUAAUCAGUUCAGUAAGGGACUUUAUACCCAGCUGAUCUGUUGCCAGCUCACACAGGGAGAAGAGUUCAGACUGCAUUGUAUAUUUUGCUGGUAGGGUUUCAUGUUUGUGACUCCUGCUUUUAAGCCAUAAAAGCAAUUCAAGUAUCACUGAGCGCAAACAAGACUUUGCCCUGCACUCUAACCUGCCACCGUGUAUAUUUUAUACAUCACACGCACAAUGGUUCCUCAUCCUCACCUCUGCUGCCCCAUGGUUAUCCAUCUCCAAACUUCCAUGUCUGAUAAGCCCAGCAGUUAUCUUUUGUUUGAUUACUAGCAGGUUAUACUGCUCAGAACCCUACAUCUGCUUACUCAGCUGUGGACAUUUAUAUAACCACCUUAAACCUAUAUUUUGUGUUUUUUUUUUUAAAGGUAUCUAUAGACUUAAAGCAAUUGUUGACUAAUAACAGAUUGGGAAAUAACUGAUUAGUAAAAUUAUAUUUUUUGACAGCCUAUCACUCUUUGUCUGAGAUUUGGUUUCAAGCAUGUCUAAAGCCUGGUACACACUAUACGUUUUUGGGUUGAACGAAAAAA